CAGUGCUACAAUGUCGCAAGUGCUACAACUGAACACUUUUUGCGAACCUGCUCUCAGUUCGGCCAAUUACGCCGCAGGUAUAUCUGGACACCCUUACGCUUGUUAGGAGCCCCACUCUCAUUGGCGUCAGUGUUGUCUCUCGGAGCAUCACAGACUGCGCUCUGUCAUAGGACUGUGGUAGCGGGUCUUAUAUCCUAUAUCGUGCUCUCCAACCGCUUCUAGGCACUUCCUUCCUACUCUCAUACGCUUUCAUGUACACACACAUCCAUACAGUCAUCCUUUUGGCCGUGUAUAUAGUCGCCAUACGCACAUUCCUACAUACGUACAUAUCCAGUUCCUGCAUUAGUCAUCACACGUCAUAUAUGUCAGAAGUUACUUGGAUCUGACUUGGCCUUAGUCCCCAUCAUUACUGCACAGACAUAGACAAACAUCUCUCGCCCCUUUUGUCCUGGCCAAUCUCCCUUAGUGGCUCACGGCCAUUAUCUCAUUGGUAGAAGAAGAAGAAGAACAAGAAGAAGAAGUUCCAAGCACUGCGGCCACAGAAGGCAACGAAGCCUUCCCACUGCACAAAGCCGUCUUCGAAAACGAUUAUGAUCUAUUCUCUGCUUUACUACCGAACCACAAUAUUGCCGAGAAGGACGUUCAUGGUAACACUCCGCUUCAUCUCGCGGUUAUGCUUGGAAGAAACGACUUUAUAGAGGCAUUACUGACCCACAAUGCACCAGUGAACGCACGAAACCUGCACGGUUGGAGUUGUUUGCACGAAGCUGUCAGCUUCGGCGGUCGACAAACGGGUAACUGCGCACAUUUUUAAAGCGACUGAAAUUUUUGACUACAAGUUAUAUCGUCGACAGUAUUCCGCUUACACUACCUUACUCCCUCACAAACAAUCUCUCCCAGACAACGCGACAAUAACGUCGUGUACGUGGAGGAUACUACUAUACCGUAAUGAAAAAUGCUUUUGCAUCAACAGUAAUAUCGGUGCAGCCAGUGGUGCCAAUAUUUAUUGAUACAUACAAACAAACAAAAAGAAAAACGAUUGCAACGAUUUUGUCAUAUACAUGGCGCAUUUUUUUAGAUUAGUUCUUUUGACGAGUUCUUUUUGACGGGUAACUUCUCAAUCUAUGAUAAUGUGUAAAGGAGACCAGUAUCCUAAAGAAGGUACAAGAAGGAAAGCAUUGCGUUGCGGUGCUGCGUGAUAUUGGGGCAGGCCACCUAUUAACGUAAACGGUGUCCCGGUAAUGUAUUCACCAGGUCUCUUAGCGCCUCUCUUGCAUUGCAACAGAGAUCACAGUACUAGUCCGUGCAAGUUCAUUAUGUAAAAUACUUCUUUACCUUUCAGGACUUUCUCUGAAGAUCGCGUACUAUGCAUUCACCUACUCCGUUGACGCCCCAAGAGUUGAUUCCAUUCACCUUACAUACUUCAUGGUGUUCCUGUCGUUGAUUUUUGUCGACGCUCUUAUGACAAACAUCGCGGUGCUUUGGUAUGCGGAUGAAUUUGCAGAACUCGUAGAACGAUGUUCGAAGCUGGAGACCCAGUUGACCUUUUGUCCCGACGCUGAGAAAAAAAAUGGUUAGUUUGGCAUGGAUGGUUGUCACUGUACAGGAAAGAUGAUCCUAUAUACUAAGCCACUUAUAGAAGUCGCAGUUAGAUACGCCCAUUAGAAAAAUUGCGUAGUGUUCAAAAUAUCCGCGACUUGUCCCUCUUGUCCCUCUACUUAUUAUCACAGAGUGGCCAGAUUUUUCUUCUACCAACUUAAGUGAAACAUAAUUUUGAUAAGCAGCAAGUGAAUAUCAACAUGCCAGCGUGGACUUCCCUGUCUACCAGCGGGAAGACGAGGUCUUACAGCACAGGAUGCAUGCAGUCGACCACUGCCCUUUCACCUUCGUCAAGGUGUUGGGGCCCCUGGUCCAGUGCCGCUCAUAUGUAUCAAGAUUUCCGUCACUUUUUGGGAGUUUCUGUCAUCAACAGGCCUCUCUACCAUGUUUUGAUCACGAACUGCCGUCUCCACCAUCAUCUUCCAUUCUUUACAAUUGGCACUGGGGUAGCCCAGCCUGCUGGCCGGCAUCAACCACAUCUCAUCGUUAUUUCUUUAUAUGUGUGUGUGUGUCAAUAUGCCACUUUUGUAAUAUUUGUUGCUAACACCCUCAAGGAAGUUAACUAAGACAGAAAAAAAAAAAUGUUGGAGGAGCUCAUGCGGUUUAUUCAAAUAUCCGGAGAAGGAUCCUUGUGCAACAACAAAUUAACUCUUACUUACUUUACCAUCUCGUGCAAAUUCUGUGGUUGCGUGUCAUUCAGAUAGUACCGGUCACUAACGUUUACCUUUCGUUUGCGCCUCGCACAUCUAGGCAAUCUUCGGGGCUGUGAAUUUCGCCUUUAACUGCAUCAAUGACUUCGGCAUGGCUUUCUUCACUGGGAUCCCGAACCACCCGAGAGACACUUACGUUGCAUCGACCAUCUUCAGUUUUCUGUUUAUAGUGCACAUGGGCUGUAUUAGCCGCAUCGAUCGCACGUGGAUUGUCUUCUUCGCCAGGGCUUUCAGAUUGCAUCUGGAAAGCAUGACUCAGGUCCUCAUGGUCUGCGUUCACUCACGAACCAUUCCACUAGAAAGGAAAAUCAGAACAAUAGCUGAGCAUCGCGUUCUGCUGUCUGAAAUGAGAGGCAACAUCGAUCUGGUGAACAAAGUGCUGGGUCUUCCCCUGUUGUACACGUACUCCUACGUCGUCGUCACAGACUGUAUGGCCUUGUUCUUUGUCUUCAACCAGGACACGAGCAUUCAGAUCAAAACUUCUUUCGGUGGCUUCUCUGUCCUGCACACUCUGAGCUUCCUGCUCCCAGCAUACGUAGUCAGUGGUAUCGAGAACGAGCUCUGGGAGAUGCGGAACGUCCUGCAAUCCUUCGAGUUCUCGGAUACCAAAUCUAACAAACUUCUGGAACAGGUGCAGCUAUUGCUGAUGGACGCCGAGUACGGCAGUAUCACAUUUUCUGCCGGAACUUUCUUCGACAUAAUCUUCCCAGAUGUGCCAGUAUUAUAGGAGCCGUCGUCGCAUACACUGUCUUCCUCGUGCAGACAGCCGAAAUCUUCGUAACCACUGAACACGAGGGUUGCAAUCCUUGAAGGAAUAGGACGAAUGGAAACUCCUCCUGAAAGGGAAAGACUCAUAUUUCGGGCUUAGUCGUUCUACCUUUUAUUUCCAGCUGCAGGAUGGGACAAGCGCAAUGCUACGUUAUCAUCUACCUCGCCAUUUCUACCUGAACUUUUCCCACCUAAGGAAAUACGCAGGAGCGAUCGUCCAAGUCGCCCUCCACUUCUACGUAGUUGUCACGAGUAAACAACUUCACCACUGCA